CUUAUGGUGGUACUUGUACGGUUGCUGUUGCUCUCUCUCAUGCCGCUAUUCUGGAGGAAUCUAUGAGGGCCCGUGAUCAGCUUAUGGAGCAAAAUGUUGAUUUAGACUUGGCUUGUCGAGAGGCUGAGAGGGCAAUUCAUGCACGAAAUGAUUUCCUUGCUGCAAUGAACCAUGAAAUGCGAACGCCGAUGCAUGCAAUUAUUGCAUUGUGUUCCCUUCUUCUGGAGACCAAGCUAACUCCAGAGCAAAGAGUUAAGAUCGAGACAGUGCUAAAGAGUAGCAACCUUAUGGCAACCCUAAUCAGUGAUGUUCUGGAUCUUUCUAGACUUGAAGAUAAUAACCUAGAAGUAGAAUUUGGAAUGUUUGAUCUUCAUGGAAUCUUCAAAGAGGUCGUUAAUCUGAUAAAGCUGAUCGUGUCUGUAAAGAAGCUAUCUCUGACUAUGAUUCUGGCACCUGAUUUGCCAAUGUUUGCUGUUGGUGAUGAGAAACUGCUUAUGCAAACUAUUUUAAGUGUAGUCGGUAAUGCAGCGAAGUUCACAAAGGAGGGUUAUGUUUCGAUUAUAGCUUCUGUUGCAAAACCAGAGUCUUUAAGAGACUGGCAACCUCCAGAAUUCUACCCGGUGUCAGUCGAAGGUCACUUCUAUUUGCGAGUGCAGGUUAAGGAUUCUGGUUGUGGUGUUCUCCCACAAGAUAUGCCGAAUCUCUUUACCAAGUUUGCACACCAUCGAAGUGGAUCUGUUGGAAAUAGUGGUGGUGCUGGACUCGGACUCGCAAUUUGUAGAAGGUUUAUAAAUUUGAUGGGAGGCCACAUAUGGAUAGGAAGUGAGGGCCGCGACAAAGGUUGCACGGCGACAUUCCUCGUGAAACUGGGGAUCGGGAGCAACCCUGAUAAUUCAGCUAUCCAUCAAGCUUCAGCACACGUUAGAGCAAAUCAUGGGAGUGCAGAUCUGAGUGGACAAAGACCUUUGUUAAGAGAUCAUCGCGGUACUCCUAAUCCGAAUGCACGAUACCAAAGAAGUCUCUAGGUGAUAGUGGUAGCUGGCAAAUGUUGCAAUGAGAAAAGGUCGUUUUCAAUUUUCACAAUACUGGAGGUGAAUAUUGCUGUUUUUAAACCAAAGAAACCAAUAUGAUAGCCUUAACUGUUAUUUGUUGUGAGAGUUCUAUAACUGAAAGUAGCGAGUUAGAAGUGGCAUUUUCUCUGCGUUUCAUUUUCUCUGCGUUACUCUUGAAUUUGAGCUGG